AUGCUGAAUAGUGCAGUCAAUUCUCGAUGGGAACAGAGUGGAGUCACCAUUGCUGGAAACUACGAAUGGGGUGAUAAUACCAAUCGACUUCAGCUGCCUGAAGGUCUCUUUGUUAACGAUGAUCAAACGAUGGCCAUUGCUGACUUUGGAAAUCAUCGUAUUAUACAAUGGAAAGUGGGUGAUAAGGUUGGACGAGUCGUUGCAGGUGGCAUGAAUAAAGACAAUCCAUUGGGUCAGUUGAAAUGGCCGACGGAUGUAUUGACCGACAAAGAGACUGACAGUCUCAUUAUUUGUGAUCAAGGGAAUCGACGCGUCGUACGAUUGCUUCGUCGGAGUGAAAUAAGUCAAAUAGAAAUUCUUAUUGACAACAUCACUUGCCGAGGAUUAGCUAUGGAUGAUCAGAAAUACCUGUACAUCUCUGACUACAAAAAUCAUGAAGUAAGACGGUACCAAAUAGGAAAUAAAACUGGGACUAUUGUAGCAGGUGGCAAUGGAAAAGGGGCUGGGCUCAAUCAGCUCAACUUUCCGACUUAUCUCUUUGUCGAUCGACAACAUAAUGUCUACGUGUCAGAUAAGGACAAUCAUCGUGUGAUCAAAUGGAGUACAGGUGCAAAAGAAGGAAUUAUUGUCGCUGGAGGUCAAGGCGAAGGCAAUGCUCCCAGGCAGUUGUCGAAUCCUCGGGGGAUUUUUGUCGAUGCCUCUGGUAACCUCUACGUGGCAGAUUCGAUGAACCAUCGAGUAAUGUGUUACCGUCAUGGAGCAAAAGACGGCGUUGCUAUUGUCGGUGGAAAUUAUCAGGGAUCCGAAGCCAAUCAAUUUAAUGAACUUGGGGGCUUAUCAUUCGAUUUUCAUGGCAAUUUAUAUGUUGUCGAUCAUUAUAAUAAUCGUGUGCAAAGAUUUUCUCUCAAAUAA